GCCAAUUGUGUGGUCGGACGCGGUGUGAGGGGAACAUCGGCAUAUGGCGAUGCCGUCCGGCUAAUGGAAGGCACGAUCUGGGCUCCAAACAUAAUUUCUUAUAAGGCAACGAACAAGCUCGUAGAAGGCACCCAAGAGUUCCCUCUUGGGGGCAUGGCUGUUCCCAACAUCUCCCCUUACAAAAACCCAACAUCUUGUGACUUCUUGAGUACCCACUAGUGGUAUUUUCCGCCCCUCUAAACAAAAAAAGAAAAAGAUGGCGCUCCUCAUCCCGCUCGCGCCUUCUCUGCUCGCCAACAAGCGCAUCGUCUUCAUCUCCUUCCUCAUCGCACUGGGCCAAUUCCAGUACGGCUACGACAGCGCCGCCAUCGCCGGAUUCCAGUCGAUGCCGGGCUUCCUGCGCAUCUACGGCCACCGCGACGCGGCCAACCCGCUGGGCUGGAACAUCAGCACCGACGUGCAGCGGCUGAUCCAGUCGCUCAUGAACGUCGGCGGCUUCCUAUCGGCCGUCGUCAUCUACCUGUGCCACACCCGCGUCUCGCGCCGCCUGGGCCUGUGGACGGGUUGCGCGCUCGGCGUGCUGAGCAUCUCCUUGCAGAUCGGCCUGCACAACCUGGCGGCGCUCUACGCGGGCCGCCUGCUGCUGGGCAUGUCGAACGGAUUUCUGGUACCCUACUGCGUUACCUACAUGAGCGAGUCGGCCCCCUCCCUGCUGCGCGGCCCCAUCGUGGGGAUGAGCACGUUCCAGACCUCGCUGGGCGCGCUGUUCGGCAUCCUGGUCGACAACUACUGCGAGCCCUACGGAGGCAACCGGUCGUGGCAGAUCCCGCUGGCCGUCAUGUACGUCGUGCCCGUGUUCCUGGCCGUGUUGUUGCUGUUCCUGCCGGAUACGCCGCGGUUCUACGUCGCGCGGGGUGAGGAGGAGAAGGCCAUGCGGGCGAUCCGCAGGCUGCGCGGCACGCAGGACGAGGCGGUUCUCCGGCGGGAGGUGGAGGAUAUUAAGAGCGCGUACGAGCUGGAGAGGGCGCUGCAUGCGGGUGUGCAUCUGCGGGAUAUGUUCCGCGGGCCGGACUUGAGGCGGACGCUGCUCAGCUACGGCGCGAAUGUUGGCGGCACGGCCACGGGGGUCACCUUCAUGGCCGGCUUUUCCGUAUAUCUCUUUGUGCAGGCCCGGGUGGGAUCGCCGUUUGCGUGGGUCAUGAUCUCGCUGGCCAUCGCGCUGACGGGCAACAUGGCGGCCUUUCCGGCGAUGCGCUACUUUGGGCGCCGCGAGCUGCUCGUUGCCACGUCGGUGCUGUCUUCGGCCGCCAUGUUCGCCAUGGCCAUCGUCUACACCGUCUCGGGCACUACUCCCGGGGCGAGCAGGGCGCUGGUCGGGCUGAGCAUCGUGUACACGUGGGUGUAUGGCAUCGGCCAGGGUCCCGUGCUGUGGGCGCUCCUGACCGAGAUCCCCUCGCAGCGGCUGCGCUCGCAGACGGUCGGCACGGGUUCUGGGCUGAACUUUGUCGUCGGUUGGGCCGUGUCGUUCUUCACGCCCUACUUCAUCAACCCGGACCAGCUUGGGUGGGGCCCCAAGUACGGGUACAUCUGGGGCGGCAGCAAUCUCAUCCUGGCCGUCUGGGCAUUUUUCUUUGUCCCCGAGACCAAGGGGCGGAGUCUCGAGCAGCUGGACGAGCUGUUCGAAAAGGGGGUUAAUGCUAGGAAGUUUUCGUCUUUUGUGCUAGAGCGACAGCUGGUGGAUGAUCUCUCCAGUAGCGCAGAUCGAAAGGGCGUGGAAGAUCGCGAGGCUGCUGUGGUUCAGGUCGAGGACUCGGAGAAGAGGUAGUAGGCAGCGGGGUCACGACGGAUAUAUAAGUAUAUGUUCGAACCCUUGGUACAAGAAUAUUCACC